CCGCUGAAUACUCCUGUUCGGAAGAGCCGAAAUUCCCCUCCCUUGCUGCAAACUGAGGAAGCUUGAGCUAUGGCUGUUGUCCUGGAUGCUUUGGCGCCCUACGUGAAGAAGAUGAUCUCGGACUUAGCUGAAGAAGAAGUGAGCAUGCUGCUGGGCGUUGAAGUCGAGAUCCGGAAGCUGAACGGCAACUUGGUGUACCUCCAGGACUACCUCACAGACGCCGACAGGAAACGCAUCACUGACAAGAGCGUCAAGGUGUGGGUGGGGAAGCUCAAGGACGUCAUGUACGAGGCUAGCGACAUCCUUGAGCUCUGCCAGCUUGAGGCCAUGGAACGACCGGAAGAGCGCCCCGCAGGCGGCGGUGCCUCCAACCGUUCAAGUCCUCUUGGAAGGUACAUGAAGAAGAAGCUGCAGGGCUGUUUCCAGCCGUUGCUAUUCUGCCUUCGGAACCCCGUGUUCGCACACGAGACGGGCAGCCGCAUCAAGAAGCUCAACGAGGAUCUGGACACCAUCCGCAAGGAUGCCACCAAGCUCAAUUUCAUCAACCUCGGCUCCUACCAGGAACGGAGGAAGCUGACAAAUCCGGCACGUCCAAGGAACAAGACGACGUCGGGGUACAACAAGUCUGAAGCCGUGGGGGAGAACAUCGAGGAGGAUGCAGAGCAGCUUGUGCAGAAGCUAAUCGCCCACGAUGGCAGAGACUUUAAGGUGGUGGCCAUCGUUGGCCAGGGCGGCAUGGGCAAGAGCUUCCUCGCAAAGAAGAUCUUCGCAAGCGAGACUAUCAAGGAAGAGUUCAAAACCAAGAUAUGGCUGAGUGUAACUCAGCACUUUGACAAGGUGGAGCUGCUAAGGUCCGCCAUCACCCACGCCGGGGGGGAGCACAAUGAGGAGAAAGACGAGUCCAUCCUUGAGAGGACCCUCACCGAGGCCCUCUCGGCGAACAAGUUUCUGCUGGUCUUGGAUGAUUUAUGGAGCGACACUGUAUGGAAAGACAUCCUCCAGGUCCCCGUUGCUAACGCCAGUUGUACACAACCUGGGAGCAGAGUCAUGAUCACCUCUAGAAAGGAAGAUGUUGCUCGGAGGGUGGGAGCAUCUGGUGGCAACCAACUCCGUGUAAGAAAACUAGAAGAUGAAGAUGCUUGGUCCUUGCUCAAGAAACAACUGCCGCUACCUGAGGUUAGCAGUGAAAAUUCUUUUGAUCAUCUGAAGGAUAUUGGGAUAAAAAUUAUUGCAAAAUGUGAUGGUUUACCACUGGCUAUUAAAGUGAUGGGAGGACUUUUAAGCACAAGGCGUCCAAGUAAAGUUGAGUGGGAGAAUGUUCUAAAAAAAAAUCUUGAAUGGAAAGAAGAUGGGUUGCAUGAGGAACUGAACUUCUCAGUACACUUGAGCUACGAUGAUUUAACACCAGAGUUGAAGCAAUGCUUUCUUUAUUACUCACUUUUUGCUAAGGGUUCAGCGCCUUCCUUUGAACAAGUUGUUAGCAUGUGGAUCAGUGAAGGGUUUAUUCAAGGUGACGGGAGUACAGAAUCAGACGAGCUAGAUCUACAAGAAAUAGGAGAAGCCUAUCACCGAGAGUUGGUCGCCAGGAAUCUUUUGGAGGCCGAUAAUACAGAUUGGAACACAUGGUGUUACAGCAUGCAUGAUGUCGUCCGUUCUUUUGCUCAGUUUGUGGCCAGUGAAGAAGCACUUGUGGUUAGAAAGGACCAAAAUGACCUUAGGAAUCUUCUUUUAGCUAACCAAAAAAUACGGCGUCUCUCUUUAAACCUAGAUGAUUCAGAACUAGAGUGGAGCAUCCUAGAAAAUCUAGAAUCAUUGAGAACGUUAAUGAUCAACUGUAGCACUAUGUCUAGUGGUUCUUUUGCUAGUUUUGUCAGCUUACGGGUACUUAAUAUGGAUGCUGCCGUGUCUGAUUUGCUCCUAGAUUCUGUCUGUCAAUUGAAGCUCCUGAGGUACUUGAGACUAGUAGAUGCAGAUAUAUCUCGACUGCCAGAAGACAUCCACAAGAUUAAGUUUCUUGAGUUCCUAGGACUCGUUAACUGUAAAGGGCUGAACAAGAUUCCUGACAACAUUACAAAACUAGCAGGUUUAAGAUAUUUGGAUUUAACUGGGUGCAAUGUUGAUACUGUACCAAGGGGGUUUGGUGGCUUCAAAAUUAUACAUUCAAUUUUUUGGUUCCCAGCAAAGAUGGACGGGGAUUGGUGCAGUUUAGAAGAGUUAGGGCCUCUUUGUCAUCUUAGGAGUCUUUCAAUACAAUAUCUAGAAAAUAUGCCUGAUUGUUCAUUUGCUGCAAGGGCCAUGCUGAGCAACAAGAAGGAUCUCACAUAUUUGGAAUUGGGCUGUUACAGAGAUGAGGAUGUAGAGAUGGAAGAAGGGCAAAUUGAGGAGCAGCAGCGAAUUGAAGGAGUAUUCGAUGAGCUCUGCCCUCCACCUUGCUUGGAGGAUCUAAUCUUGGUACGCUACUUUGGCCGUCGACUACCAAAUUGGAUGCAAGCUCCAGCAGCGGCGGCCUUUAAGAGCUUGAAGAGUAUUGUUCUACGGAGCCUGACCUACUGCGUCCAACUUCCCAAUGGUUUGUGUGAGAUGGUAAAUUUGGAAGAGAUGGAAAUCAACAUCGCUCCAGCCAUCAAGCUUGUCGGGCCUGAUUUUCAAAGCCUCGCAAGUAGGGAUGGAGGUGCUAUUGUUACUAGCCCUUUCCCAAAACUGAGAAUAUUAGCUAUGGUUGACUUCUCUCGAUGGAAGAAGUGGGAUUGGGAGGAGGAGCAGGGCAAAGCCAUGGCCAUGCCUGCCUUAGAGCAUCUCAGAAUCAUAAGCUGCAAGCUGACACAUCUUCCCCUAGGACUUUCUAUCCACAACAGGUAUAAUCUGAGAGUCCUGUAUCUAGAAGAUCUCACCAUCCUGGCAUCUGUGGAAAAUUUCCCAUCGGUUGUUACUUUCGAUGUGCUCUGCUGCCCGAAGCUCAAAAAGAUCGGCGGCUUCUCCAAGUUGCGGAAGAUCUUCAUCGACGGUUGCCCGAAGCUUAAGUUACUGGAGGGUGUCCCUGUGCUCUCUACCAUGGUGCUGGAUGAUGAGACAUGGGAGAUUACAGGUACUCCUGCAAGGUGCACACCCAAGCUAUAUCAAGUUGGACUGCAGCGUCAGCUUCCUGAAAAUUUCACCGUUACCAGAUAGCAGCUCUGACCUCUGAAGACGAAGGUCUGGCGUAUUACAAUAUGCACCAUACAGCUGUCCCCGAGCUUAUAAGAAUACAAUAAGAGGCUGUAAUAUCUAUCUCCUUGCGUAAUUCACAUUUUAGAAUCUGUUUUGCUGGUCACAUAGUAGAUCAAUAAAAUUUGGUCAGGCUGGUUAUG